AUGGUGACUGAUGAUCUCGAAAGAACACCCUCGCAAGAGUCAGACAUCGUCGUCUUGGAUUGGGAGGGUCCCGAUGACCAAGGAAAUCCCCUCAACUGGCCCCUGCACCGAAAAUGGAUUGUGACAGCCAUCCCUUUGUUCACAACAUUCACCACGCUUAUGAAUGGAACCAUCAUCACCGUCGCCCAUGAACAGAUCAACGAGGAAUUUCGGGUCAGCGAUGCAGGCUUCCCAAACUCGUACUGGCCCGUCACCUCGUGGACCGUUGGCGGAGCAUUUUUCUCCCUACUAAUUCUCCCUGUCAUGGAGGAUUUUGGUAUUCGGCGCUGCUUUUUGGUGACCUAUCUCAUCUUUCUUUGCUUCAUUAUCCCGCAAGCUCUGGCGCAAAACUUCGCCACUCUGAUCAUCACCCGGUUUUUCUGCGGGGGGUGUGUCAUGAUCCUCGCGAACACUGUUGCCUCAGUCAUCGGCAAUGUCUGGAGAGACGAGCGCGAACGCAACAUCCCCGUCAGCAUAUACAUCCUGGCCUACCUAUCUGGAAGUAGCAUCGGCCCCGUCAUUGGGGCUCCGAUUCUCCAAUUCCUGUCCUGGCGCUGGAUCUCCUACCUCCAGCUGAUUUGGUUCGGCGCCCUCUUUCCCAUCUACUACCUGCUCUUCAAAGAAUCCCGGGGCGCUGUCAUUCUCGCUCAGCGCGCGCGCCACCUCCGCGCCAAGGGACAGAAUGUGUACGCUCGCGAAGAGCUGCACAAGCAGCCCAGCCACCAAAUGCUGCUGGCUAGUAUCAAGCGGCCGAUCCAGCUCCUGUGCACCGAGUCCGUGAUCUUCGUCUCGACGCUCUGGUCUGCCUUCACCGUCGGCACGCUCUACCUCUUCACCCAGACCGUCGAGCAGGUCUUCAGUGGACUAUACGGCUGGAGCGCCGUGCAAGCGGGCUACGUACAGGGUGCGAUCGUGGUCGGCCAGUGUCUGGGUUGGACCUCAUGCUUUUACUCCGCGAAACUAUACUUCGACUCCGCGCGCCGCAAUACCGAGAUCCCCGGCGUCCCCAUUCCCGAGGCGCGUCUGUACACGGCCGUGGCGGGCGGGAUCCUUGGCAUUGCGGGCGGGAUGUUUACGUACGCGUGGACUUCGUACCCGAACCUUCCCUGGAUUGCGCCGGCGGUCGGGCUGGCAAUGGUCGGGGCGGGGAGUGUGGUGGUUGUGUGUGGCAUCGCGGAUUAUGUGGUUGAUGCGUACAGCCACUGGGCGGGCAGCGCCGUCGCCACUGUGGCGCUGGGCGAGAAUAUCUUCUCGGCGUUUCUGCCACUUGCGGCCCAGAGCAUGUACACUACUCUUAAUUUUCAGUGGGCGAGUACCUUGCUGGCGUUGGUCUCGUUGCUUUUGGCUUUCGCACCAGUCCUGGUACUGAUUUGGGGGAGGAAGAUCCGCGCGCGGAGUCCGUUCAUGAGACAAUCGAUGUUGGAGAAGAAACAGGAGUUGGAGGGGUCGCAGGCCCUGCCUCCGUCGAUGGAGAAGUAG